AUGGACAAUGGCACAUACGUUCCUGGAAACCCCACGCUGACAUCGGAUGGUAGCCGCAUGUCCUUCAAGGAAGUGGCCGUGCAUUUCACAGAGGAGGAGUGGGCUCUGCUAGAUCCUGCCCAAAGAGCUCUUUACAGGGAAGUCAUGCUGGAGAAUUUCGGGAGCGUGGUCUUUGUGGGAGGAUCUUGGACCUGCAAGCCUGUCCUCAUCUCUUGGCUGGAAGAAGUGGGCAAGAUGUUUGUCCAGGACUCUGCCAAAAUGAAGACCUCCACAGGUACUUCCUUAGAUGUGGAGGGAAGGGACCCUUCACUGUUUGAGAACUUUGGUUAUAUUUUGCUCACCCCAGAAAAUAUUGAUUACUCUGUCUCUGUGAGCCCUGUGUCCUUCGAGGAAGUGGCCAUAUAUUUCACAGAAGAGGAGUGGGCGCUGCUAGAUCCUGGCCAAAGAGCUCUUUACAGGGAAGUCAUGCUGGAGAAUUUUGGGAGUGUGGUCUUUGUGGGAGGAUCUUGGACCUGCAAGCCUGUCCUCAUCUCUUGGCUGGAGGAAGAGGGCGAGAUGUUUGUCCAGGACUCGGCCAAAAUGAAGACCUCCACAGAAGGAGACAAGGGGGAACCAAGUACAGUGAAUAUGGGAAGAGACAAGGAUGUAGAGGUGGAAGAAGAAGCUGGGAAUCGAGGCAGACCAAAGAGAGGAGGAACCCAGAAGCAAAAGAAGAAAUCAUUGUCCUUUCGAGGCAAGGAUCUACAGGAAACGCUCUUUGAAGAUCAACUACAUGAGAAAAAAAGAAGGAAAAAGCACCCUGUGAGUGUCAAAAGAUCUGAUUCCCAAUCUAGUCCCAAGAACCAUCAAAGAAUUGGCAGAGAGAAACCAUAUCAAUGUGUGCAUUGUAGAAAGAGCUUUAGCUGCAUUAAAAGCCUUGCUGUUCACCAAAGGAUUCACAGCGGGGAGAAACCAUAUAAAUGCUUGGAGUGUGGAAAGGGCUUUACUCGGAGUGGCGAUCUAACUCAACAUCAAAGGAUUCACAGUGGGGAGAAACCAUAUAAAUGCUUGGAAUGUGGGAAGAGCUUCGGACGGAAGACAAACCUUACAUGUCACCAGGGGAUUCACACUGGGGAGAAACCACAUAAAUGCUUGGCAUGUGGAAAAAGUUUCCAUCAGAAGAUAGACCUGACACAUCACCAAAGGAUUCACAGUGGGGAGAAACCAUAUAAAUGCUUGAAAUGUGGGAAGAGCUUCAGUCGGAAAACAUACCUUACGUAUCACCAGGGGAUUCACACUGGGGAGAAACCACAUAAAUGCUUGGCAUGUGGAAAGUGUUUCCGUCGGAAGGCAGAACUUACAUAUCACCAGAGGAUUCACACUGGGGAGAAACCAUAUAAAUGCUUGGAGUGUGGGGAGAGUUUCCAUCAGAAGACAGGCCUUACAUCUCACCAAAGGAUUCACAGUGGGGAGAAACCAUAUAAAUGCUCGCAGUGUGGAAAGGGCUUUACUCGCAUUUACCAACUAACCGUACAUCAAAGGAUUCACAGUGGGGAGAAACCAUAUAAGUGCUUGGAAUGUGGAAAGAGUUUCAGCACAAUCCUUACUACUCACAAAAGGAGUCACACAGGGGAGAAACCAUAUCAAUGUUUGGAGUGUGGAAAGAGUUUUAUUUGCAACAAAAGCCUUGCCUCUCACAACAGGAUUCACACAGGUGAGAAACCAUAUAAAUGCUUGCAGUGUGGAAAGAGCUUCAGUAGGAAAUCAAGACUUAGUAUUCACCAAAGGAGUCACACAGGAGAGAAACCAUAUCAGUGUCUACAGUGUGGAAAGAGCUUUAGUUGCCGCAAAGGCCUUACUGUUCACCAAAGAAUUCACACAGGGGAGAAAACAUACCAGUGCUUGGAGUGUGGGAAGAACUUCCGGCAGAGUACAGCCCUAAAUUCUCACCGAAGGAUUCACACAGGGGAGAAGCCUUUUACAUGUUUCCAGUGUGGAAAGAGCUUUAGCAGUGGCAAAAGUCUUACUAUUCAUCAAAGGAUUCACACUGGGGUCAACACAGAUGGUCCCUCUCUUCUCAAAGUCAGUGUGUGGGACAGGUCUCUUCUUGGGAACUACUUCUUGGCACAGGACCAGCAGCAUAAAGAGAUCACUGACUGGAUCCCAAUCACCACCUCUUGGCGGAACAGUGGAAACUGA